AUGUCUGCCUACAAUCGCAAUCGUAUCUCACUCAACAUCCAGGGUACCAAGGGUGCUGAGUACUAUGACCAGAUCUGCGCACUGAGCCAGAAGACAAUUAAUGAAAAUUUCAAGACCCUUUUCAAGCAACGCCGGGACCUUGUCGAGUUAUGGUACAAAGAUAAACGUGGAAGCAAUGGAGUCUUGGAUGCUAUCCUGGACCCGCCUCAGGUCAAGCUUCAGCUUGGAAGUUCCGACACGCCAGAGCUGUAUUUUGAGAUCCACAUCAAGUCGGGCAAAAUAAAAUUCGCCGCGGAUCAGAUCCAGACUAUCAACAACUGGGUCAUUACUGUUCGCUCGCAGCUCUUCGAUGCACAGGUGAGCCCGAAUUCAUCCUUGGGCGAUGAGGCUACGGCUGUGGCUGCCGCCCAAUUGGAAGAGAUCAAGAAAUCUCAUGACGUUCACAAACUCGAGCUCGCCAUCAAAAAGGCGCAGGAGGAGGCUCUUGCUGCAGCGGAGAAGGAGGCUUCCGCAACGGGCGCUCCGAAGCCGACCCCUCUCAAGGCCGGCGACUACUCUAUUCAACGUCUUUUUUGUGCCAUUGCUCAGGGUCAAUGGAGCACGCCCGUCGAGUCCCACUCCUACUUGCCCGAUCCCGAGGACGGCACCAAGAGGAUCAGUUUGGCAGACUGGAGAGCGUCAAACCGGGACAGCAAGACUAGACUCAUGGCAAAUGCCGUGUCCAAGCUCUUGGGCAAUUGGGCGGAAGACAACCAAGAGUCGGCUUUCUGGAAUCUCGGCGUUCAGAUCCGCCUUCCUGUGGCCAAACUUGUGAGGGAGCAGGCUCUGGCUACAUGUGCCCCAACCGCUGUUCGUCUUCAAAAUUACGCUUACAUUAGCAACGCGGCUCAGCUCGCCCAUCUGCAAGCAGUCCAGAAAGGCGCCGUCUCCUCCUUGGCCAAUGCGGGCGAACUUGGCCAUCCACAAAACUGUUUGGUCUUUUGCGAAGUUGUCAAACGCAAACUACCCAGCGGUGCUCGACUCGAAUAUGGUGGAAACUUGGCUGAGCCUGCAGAGGGCACAGCAGAGCCUGAGAUCCCUGGUACAUUCGUCCUAGACCACCGUUUGUACUUUGAGCAGAAGAUCCUCUCAAGUCUCCGAGACCUCUGUGUCAAAACCUCUGUCAUUCCCGUCUAUCCCGACAUGUUCACAGACAAAUCCAGUGGUGAGCAACAAUUCAAGAGUCGGUAUAUUGUCGGUGCAAACCCGAACCCAGCCUCGCUCUACCCUGGUCUUCCCGAUCAGGUCGCCACGAACCCGACAUUCGAUUUCAAGUUGGAGGACAAGGGCAGAUACGCGUGGCGUCGAACAUGGCCUGCACCUGGGUCUGGUACCGAGGUCAAGCCGUACACGGAUUGUAACGCUGCACCCGUCUACCGGAAAUGGUCGAUAGAGGCUGCGAAUAAUGUUGAGGUUACCUGGACUCCAGGUCAGGAUACCAUUCGCGUCGCUGGGUCUGUUGUAUACGAUCAUUGGGAGGCAUAUAAUGCCAGAGGAAACAUGAACUUCCCUUGGAAGGCCUGGCAUGACUGCUAUUGGGGGGACUUUGUGAUCACGAUCAGCUGGUCCUUCGAGAUCGACCUUUGCGAUAAGGAGAUGUCAUUUGAGGACCACAAGGAGGCUAUGAAGAAACGGAGUCGCUAUCUAGUGGAGCUGGAUGAAGCCCUGAAGAACGGCAAGCCAGCGCCGAUCGAAGUGCCCGAGGUACCAAACGGCGUGAUCAAUCCAGUGAUUAAGGGCCUUGAUCCGAAUACCAGCUUGCCAAAAAACCUUUCCGUUACUCGUACUGGGGGUCAGUACGUCAGAGAUGAUACGCACACCAAAAUGCGCGACGCUGUCGAGGCUUCAUUGAAAAGCGGCUUCAAGACAGCUUGCGACAACUUGCUCAACAGCGUGGCAGACGCAGGCAACUUCAUCUAUCCCGGCACACGCACCCUCGUUUUCGGAGACCCGAAGCUCAACGACUUUGGAGACGUCCUCGCCACGAUUGCCUAUAUUGAUCUUGAAGACGGUCUCGUUGAUGUCAAUGUCGCCGUGCCCAAAGAGAUCGAGCCAUCCCAGGGCAAGAAGGUAGAUCCAAUCAUCCAUGAUUCCACUGUCACCGGUAACCCAACACACAUCACGUGGAGUCCAACAAUCACGUGGAACUCUCACGCUGGAACCGCCAAACUUGUGCUGCAGGGGCGCAACAUUCUGCCAGAUCCCAUGGCCUUCGAGGAGGUAGUAGUCCAGCUGCUCCCAACGGGAGGGCAGAACUGUCUGUUCAGCGGCAGUGCCUACGCCUGGGAGUCCCGCACCGAGCUCGACGAGAAGAAACGCAUCAAGGACCAGAGUGAAGCAGCGAAGAAAGCUGAACGGAUCGCCAAAGGAGACACACAAAGCGAGGGCACGAGCAGCGUGGACAUGGUCAGCGCUGGUGCUGAUAGCGUCAACGGCACAGUAACACCAUCAAUCACGACGACCCCUUCAGUCUGGGAGUUCAGCCAGUCGCUAAUCAAGGAAGAGCUGCAAGUGACGCUUGAAUCGGAAAAGAACUCGACCAUCUUUCGCAUUGAGGCAGUUCCCCCGGCCAAGAAGUCGAGCAAGACACCACGCUUCACCAUUCCGCCUGAUGGCUGGUUCAGUCUCACGCUCGAGGGCCCUGCAUCUGGUCCUGGCAACUAUAUUGCGCAACUUGACGAGCUAUGGAACCAUACUGAUUACCUUCAGAACAUGAAGGGCAAGCGGGCUGCGUCCUCCUUCCUCAAGUGUUGCCUAAUUGAGGGCACCUCGGGCGUUGCAUACCUUUCUUCUCAGGCUGACGCGGAUAAGACACGUGGAGUUUUGAACAGAAGGGAGUAG